AUGAUGGAAGAGUUUGAUAAUAUUCGAAAAAUAGCAACAGAUAAUGGUUAUCCUAUAGGAUUCAUAGAAGCACAAAUACGUCGUACACUUGAUCGAUAUUACAAUCAGGAACAAAACAGCGACAAACCGCGAUCUACAAACAAAACUGAUGAAAAACAGAAAGAUCAUAUAUGCACUGACAUACCAUAUUAUGAAAAAUCAACUGAAAAAUUAGUACAACUAACUCAAUGUCCUCCACCAACAAUUUCCACAUUCUUCACAACUAAAGACAAAAUACCAACUUCACUCCGAUCCGGAAUAGUAUAUGAAAUUACCUGCCAAGACUGCUCAUCAGAGUAUAUUGGAAUAACAAUACGACAAGUACAACAACGACUAAUCGAACAUGGUCAACCUCCUGAUACAACUAAUAACAAUGAAGCAAUAACACAAACACACAAUAAUCCUCAACAACAAAAUACAAGACCCAUGCGUACAAUCAAACCCAUAAACAGAUAUAGUAUCGAUCCCAAUGUAAUGAACUAG